CUGUAUAAUUAAUAUUUUUGAAAGAAAAAAAAUACGAUUUUUUUCAAAAAGAAAAAGGAAAAAAAAAUAUUUUUGGGAAAUCGGAAGACGUUUUCCAAUUGUCCGUGGUGUUUCCUGGUGCUUUAUUCCUCCUCUCAGGAAUGAAGCAGAUCGAGUAUGGGGAAUCGUUUAUAGUUAAUGGGGUUGUUUAAAUUUCCAUAUGCAAAAUUGGGUGUUUGGCCAUUUGAUGUGGGAAUCAUCGAGGGAUUGUCAAUUUAAGUUUCUCUGUUCGAUUUGAUUAGGUUUAAAUGUUGAAGGGUUGGUUUUGUUGAGGAAUUUUGAUUGUUGUGAUUGUGUUUUUGUGUGGACUGAAAUUUGUUUUAUGUGCGAGGAACAGAUGGUAAGGGGAAGGAGAGUCAGUAGUAGGAAAAAUUUCAAGAAGAAAUUUCGACAAAAAGAUAAGGGUUCUGAUGAUUCCGACGAGGAUUAUGUUGUCUCCAGUGAUGACAAUGGAGUUUCUGAGCGUUCUGAUGAGGAUUAUUGUUCCUCUUUAGAUGAAAAUGCCUCUGGAGAGGAUAAUUAUGCUGUGGAGGAAGACUUGGAGGAGCAGCAGCCAAAGAAGGUGAGGAAAAGGGUCGGACCAAAGGCUAGGAAUGCUUUACAUUCACAUGAAGCGAGGAAGAAAAAUGGAGAAAAGAGGCGAAGAUUUAGUUGUCAAGAAGAAGAGGAUGGUGGGGAUGAGGAUGAUGAGGAUUAUAGUGUAGAUAAUGAUAAUGACUAUGAAGAGGAGGAGGAGGAGGAAGAAGAGGAAGAGGAAGAUGUUGAUGUUGAUGAGGAGGACGAGGACGAGGACUUUUUGCUGGAAGAAGAAGAUUUUUCAGAUGAGGAAGAACCGGUUGUUAGAAAGAAACGAACCAAUAUGAAACGGGGCCGAAUUGGGUUGCGAAAAAAUAAUGUUGGCAAAGUUUGCAAAAAGAGGAAGCCAAAGGCUGCAAAGAAACCUUCAAGGAAUAAACGGAGAAAGAAGAAUGGCCCACAGACUGUACGAAACUCCGAUGAUGAUGAUGAUGAUUUUUCCGACAAUUACCCUACGACGAAGGUUACGAGAAGGAAAAGGCCAGUUUCAAAGCGGAAAAGAUAUGUCGUACAAUCAGAUUUAGAUACCCUCCUUUCUGGGUCAUCAGAUUAUGAAUAUACCAUCUCUGAAGAAGAGAGAGAGCAGGUGAGAGAAGCUGAGAGGUUGUGUGGUCAAUUGAGAAAUCGAAUAAGGACUGUACCUUCACCCCCAAGGAUUGAGGAUGCUGAUCUAUGUCAACAGAGAAAAACUCGACCUCCUGUUAGGAAGGGCAAAGAGAAAGUGGAGGCAAUCAAGGCUGAGGUGAUAAAGCAAGUAUGUGGGAUAUGCCUAUCGGAAGAAGAUAAGCGGAGAGUUCGGGGAACACUUAAUUGUUGUUCCCACUUCUUUUGUUUCUCUUGUAUUAUGGAGUGGGCAAAGGUUGAAUCACGAUGUCCUUUGUGCAAGCAGAGGUUUCAGACAAUCAGUAAACCUGGAAGAUCUACAGCUGGAAUUGACUUAAGAGAAGUUGUCGUACAGGUUCCCGAGCGUGAUCAGGUUUAUCAACCAUCUGAGGAAGAAUUGAGGAGUUAUCUCGAUCCCUACGAGAAUGUUAUCUGUAUCGAGUGUCAUGAAGGGGGGGAUGAUAAUCUUAUGUUACUAUGUGAUCUUUGUGACUCACCGGCACACACCUAUUGUGUCGGUCUUGGUAGAGAAGUACCAGAAGGAAAUUGGUAUUGUGCCGAUUGUAGAACCAUCGCUCUAGGAUCAUCAAGUCCACAGCCUUCAAGUCGACUGUCUGAACGAAGAACCACCAACAAUUUGUUUAACAGAAUGCUCCCAGUUGCAAAUCGGGAUGGUUUAGACUUGAACUCUGUAUCCUCACCUCGUACCCCAUAUGUUCAAGGAUUUCCAAACAUUCCAUCACCUCGAUUACCUGUGGAAGUGCAAUCAACUUCUCCCAUGUCUCAAGCAGGCGCACCAACUUUAACGAGGAGACGAAUUCUUCGGUUGCACAUCAAUAACAUGCGUUCUUCAAGUCAAAUGGGUUUAGUAACCAAUAGAACGGAUGGUGUUUCAGCUACUAACCCUUGUGGUGGAGGCACCUUAAGUCUGCAGACAGGUCAGAGUAGGGAAUCAACAGCCGAACAUAUGAGAACACAAGAAAUGGCAAUACCGAGCCAAACUCUGUUUGGGGAAACCUUAUUACAUGACAGUCGCUCUCAAUUGAUGCAACAUGGUUGUUUCCUGGAGCCUGAAACAAGUCAUUUGCCUAGGCAAGCAAUUCAAGAUCCUCACCGUAUCACGCUAACAGGUAGUAGGCCUAGCAGCAAUGGAACAAUUAUGAACCCUUUGAGGGGAUUAGCAGUUGAAAAUACGAUAACAGUUGAUCGAACUUUGAAUGGAGUGUUGAGAUCCGAGCUUGCAACAGUGAAUUCGCUACCAAACUUCGAGCAGAUUCAUCACUACAGCAAUGCCAUAAACACAGUGUCUGAUAACGGUUCAGUAGACGAAAAAGAUUAUUGUGCAGCAAGAGAGCAACUACAACCAAUUAUCGAUUGCCAUUUGAAGAAUUUAUCCAGAGAUAUUGAUCUAGGUCAAAGCACAGCAGAUGACAUUGCAACUAAAGCAACAAGCACGAUUUUACGCGCAUGUGGAUUUGAACACUCAAUAAACAAUGCAUAUAGAUCGUCACCACCAUCACAAUGUUCCCACAUUGAAUUGGCAAUAGGGGAAGGGCAACGAAGCCUAAUAAAAGGCCUCUGCUUGCCUUGUUUUGACUUGUAUGUUCGGGACGUAGUGAAGAAGAUUACAGACGACGUAUCAUGGUUGAAUCUUAGACUAUAGGGAUUGUUCAAAAAGCAGGCUGCUUUUUUCUAUCCCAUUAGUUUGAAGAUUAAAUUGUUGUUAACAUGUCCAUAGAAUUGAUUCACUGACAUUUAAGUCAUAGUUUUAUUGUUCCAGUUACAUGUCAUUCCCAAUUAUUGAAAUGAAGUUAUUCAAGAAGUUACUUAUUGCGAA